GAGGAAAAGAUUCGUAGUAUCCAAGAAAUUGACUUUUUCUCUCGGUCAUCUCCUCAGGUUGUCCAAACCGUUGAACACCCAGAGACAGAGACAGAGACAGAGAGAGUAGCGUCUUCCCCUUCCUUCCCAUCGGAUAAAAAACAAAGCAACAGAGAGCAUUCUUAAUUCCUUUCUGCUAGUAUUUUUGUGACAUGAGAAUUCAUGAUUAGAAAGAUCAAAACGACAGGCUAACUUUGGAGUGUUCAUGACAAAGAAAAAACAUGAAGUUUUGCAAGAAAUAUCAGGAGUACAUGCAAGGCAAGGAGAAUCGACUACCUGCGGUUGAUUUCAAAAAGCUCAAAAAGAUAUUGAAGAAGUGUAGGGAAGACUUUGAAUCGCACCAGGAGCAUGAUGGCCAAUCCUGUCCUCACCAUUGUUCUGUGUGCGAUGGUACCUUUUUCCCUUCCCUUCUCAAGGAAAUGUCAGCGGUAGUUGGUUGCUUCAAUGAACGAGCCCAGAAAUUGCUUGAGCUGCACCUGGCUUCUGGCUUUCGAAAAUACUUCAUGUGGUUCAAAGGCAAGUUGCAAAAAAAACAUGUUGCCUUUAUUCAAGAAGGCAAGGAUCUGGUUACCUAUGCACUGAUCAAUGCUGUUGCAGUUCGAAAAAUACUAAAGAAAUACGACAAGAUCCAUUACUCCAAGCAAGGACAGGCUUUCAAGUCAAAAGCUCAAAGUAUGCACAUUGAGAUCCUCCAUUCCCCAUGGCUUUGUGAGCUUAUGGCUUUUCACAUCAAUCUAAGGGAGGAAAAGAUCAAGUCAAACAAGGUCCCUGCCUUAUUCGAGGGGUGCUCACUAAAUUUUGACGAUGAAAAACCAUCACUCUCUUGUGAGCUUUUUGACUCCGUCAAGAUUGAUAUUGAUUUGACAUGUUCUAUAUGCUUGGAUACAGUAUUUGAUCCAGUUUCACUAACAUGUGGCCAUAUCUUCUGCCAUAUGUGUGCUUGCUCUGCUGCUUCAGUGACCAUUGUUGACGGACUGAAGGCAGCAGAGCCUAAAGAAAAAUGCCCUCUUUGCCGGAAGACUGGAGUUUAUGAAGGUUCCCUACACUUGGAAGAGCUUAAUAUUUUAUUAAGCAGAAGUUGCCAUGAGUAUUGGGAGCAGAGACUUCAAACAGAAAGGAUAGAGAGGAUUCGGCAGGUGAAGGAGCACUGGGAAUCUCAGUGUCGGGCAUUCGUGGGUGUCUAGUCAGGCAUUUCUUCUCUCAGUAGUCAUUUGAUCUAGGCCUCUAGAUAAUAUGCUGUAAAUAUUUUCCCAAUUCCCAUAAUGUUAUUGUGUUAAAUGUCCGCCGUCCCUUCAGCCAGGAUUGCAUUUGUGUUUGACGCAUUUAUUGACUAAGCAAGAGUUUCCUUCAUGGUUUUUGAUGUACAAA